CCACACGUCGAAGACGGUCAUCGACUUUGUCAACGCUGGGGAGAACGCAGUCUUCGUGCAGAACUCCGUGCACGUGAUCUCGCAGCUCUGUGACAACCUGAUCACGUCGUGCGGUGGCCUGCUGCCUCUCCUCGCCUCCGCUACCUCCCCGCAGUGUGCGAUGGAUGUGAUGGAGGCGUCUCAGGGUCUAUCGCUCGACGCCUCGAUCUCCUUCCUCACGCGUCUCAUGAACCUCACCGACAUGCUGGUGUUCGCGAGUUCCAUGAACUUCACCGACCUUGAACACGAGAAGAACAUGGCGCACGGCGGCAUCCUGAGACAGUGCCUCAGACUCGUGCGCGCUGUAGUCUACCGCAACGUGGAGGAGACGAAACCGGCUCAGUUCCUCGCUCUAGCAGUCGUCUACUUCGUGUCCGUACUGAUGGUCUCCAAAUACCGUGACAUCCUUGAACCGACGGAGACCGCCCCCUGGCUUGCCUCCUCCUCCUCCGCCGCCACCGCGCACCAGCAGGAGGCACCACCGAGGGAGGCGGCCGCGGCGGAGACGGACGACGUCGAGCGGGAGAACGAGGCGCCACCUGGCGGCGCAGUGGAAGUGGCGGGAGAAGCGGCGUUGGGGGAGGCGAGUAGGGAGGAGGUUUCGGAGGCUGCAGAUGCAGGGAAGACGGAGGAAAGGUCAGAGAAGGAGGAUGUGGUUUCGGAGGAGGUAGAAGAGGAGAAGGUGUUGGAGACACAGGCCCAAGAGAAUGGAGAGGAAGUCUCGAUAGAAAAGGAAGUGGCAGAGAAAUCCUCAGAAAUGCCAACUGGGGAGAAGGAAGAGGAAGUAUCAGAAACAAUAGCUGAGGAGAAAGAAGAGACACCAUCAGCAGAGAAGGCAGAGGAAAAAUCUAUAGAGAAAGCUGCAGAAGAAUCUAUAGAGGAAGCUUUAGAGGAAAGCACAGAGGAAGCUUCAGAGGCAUCAACAGAGGAAGCUGCAGAAGAAUCCACAGAGAAAGGUGGAGAGGAAAGCACGGAGAGUGCCACGGAGAAGCCAGUUGGGGAAUCCACAGAGGAAUCCAUAGAGAAAGCCACGCAGGAAGCCAUGGAGAAACCAGCAGAGGAAUCUAAGGAGAAAGCCACAGAGGAAGCCAUGGAGAAACCAGCAGAGGAAUCUAAGGAGAAAGCCACAGAGGAAGCCAUGGAGAAACCAGCAGAGGAAGCUAAGGAGAAAGCCACAGAGGAAGCCAUGGAGAAACCAGCAGAGGAAACUGUUCUUGUGUUUUGCAGGCUGCUCUCACACGCCAUGAAGGACCACAUCAUCCGCGUUGCUAACGAAGCGGAGUUCAUCUUGAAUCGCAUGCGAGCAGACGACAUCAUGAAACACGCCGAUGCUUUCGAGUCGCUAUGCGCGCUUAGCAACCAGCAGCGGCACGAGGAGGAGCAGAUCUUCAGUCACCUGCUGUCGGCGGCACAGCGGCGCAACCUGGCGAUCGCGAGCCGCAUCCGAGAUCAGAUCAUCUUCAUCCUGCGUGAGAAACACGGAGCCUGGUGCCGCGGUGACGGCAGCGCCCCCACGAAUCAGUUUUGGAAGCUGGAUCGUUGGGAGGAUGACUUCAGGCGGCGGCGACGGCUGGUGCACAACCCUCUCGGAUCCACGCACCCCGAGGCCACGCUGAAGGCUGCGUUAGAACACGGCACGGUGGCGUUUAACACUCGUGCACGCAUGAUCGGUCUGGGACUAGUCGUGACCGGUAUGCUGUCCAUCACACAGUCUGACAUCUACUUUGACAUGGAUGACGACGACCCAGAGAACGGGAAGCUGGACCCAGAGGUCUUUGCGUAUUGUGAGAACAUCCACGGAAAGUGGCACUUCUCAGAAGUGCGCGCCAUCUUCUGCCGCCAGUACCUGCUGCAGAACAACGCACUCGAGAUCUUCCUCGCCGGCCGAACGUCCGUCAUGUUUGCCUUCCACAAUCACGCCACCGUGAAGAAGGUGGUGAACGCAUUACCACGCGUCGGCGUCGGCGUCAAAUAUGGCAUCCCGCAGACCAGGAGGGCGUCGUUGAUGUCUCCGCCGACGCUCUUCAAGGCUUCGAACAUGACGCAGAAGUGGCAGCAACGCGACAUCUCCAACUUUGAGUAUCUCAUGUUUCUCAACACGAUCGCCGGGAGGACGUACCAGGACCUGAACCAGUAUCCCGUGUUCCCGUGGGUGCUCACCGACUACACGUCAAAGGAACUGGAUCUCACUCAGGCCAGCAUCUAUAGGGACCUGUCAAAGCCGGUGGGAGCGCUGAACGAAAAGAGGCGGGAGUUCUUCCAGGAGCGCUACGAGACGUGGGAACACGAUCAGAUUCCGCCUUUCCACUAUGGCACGCAUUACUCCACCGCUGCCUUCACACUCAACUGGCUCAUGAGACUGGAGCCCUUCACGACGGUGCUGCUGAACCUGCAGGGAGGAAAGUUCGACCACGCUAACCGCAUCUUCUCCUCCAUCCCCAUCGCGUGGGAGAACUGCCAGGCCGACACGUCAGACGUGAAGGAGCUUUACGCCCAGAGUUUCUACUACUUGCCGGAGAUGCUCGCGAACAGCAGCGGCUACAAGCUCGGCUGCCGCGAGGAGCCGACACCAUUCAUCGCGACGUGGCGCUGGCUGCGCCGUGGCAGGGCUCAUACCGCGGACGACUUCAUACGCACAAACCGCCUCGCGCUCGAGUCCGAGUUCGUCUCCUCGCAGCUUCACCAGUGGAUCGAUCUCGUGUUCGGCUACAAGCAGAGAGGUCCUGAGGCGGUGCGUGCGGUUCCUGAGGGCGGUGCGCGCGACAACUGUUCUACUAUCCUGACGUACGACGGCAGCGUAGACCUGGAGGACAUCGAUGACCCCGUCAUGAGACAGGCCGUUGAAGGUCAGAUCAAGAACUUUGGGCAGACGCCCUGCCAGCUGCUCACGGAACCACAUCUGUCCAGACGCUCAGCCAUGCACGUCACACCGAUGAUGUUCACUGACAUUCCCGAGGACGUGUGCAUGCUCAUGAAGUUCUCGAACUCCCCGAUCUGUCACAUCUCGCCGAACACUUGCAACGUGGUCGCUCGUUCACAUGACGAGGGUGGCUGCAAGCAGGAGUUCGCCGUGAACAGGUGGAACCCCAACUACUCCGUGAAGGCCUGCGG